AUGCCAUUUAUAGAAUUAAUUCCAUUAAAUAAAGGCAAUCAUAUUAUUCUUGAUGAUACUAUCAUAACAACAAUUGGUCGUACACCAAACAUUGGUUGUUUAGAUAAUAAAAUAUCUCGUAAUCAUGCUCAAUUAUUUAUUAAAUCUGAUGGAACAUUAUGGAUAAAACCUAUACAUCAUAAUCCAACAUUUUAUAAAACAAAAACAAAUCAAAUAGUUACUCUAACAAAAAAUAAAGAAUAUCAAUUACAUCAUAAUGAUCAAUUUGGUCUUUUACCAGAUGAAUAUUUUUAUCGAGUUUCUAUUCAAUCAAAAGAUAAACAAUUAGAAAAGCUUUCUGAUUCAAAUCAAAUAAUAAAUUCAUCAACAAUACCAAAAUCUUCAAUUAAAGACAAUGAAGUUUUAACAAUUGAGAAUCAUGAUGAGAAGAAAUUCGAAGUAACAACUAGUUCCAUUUCGGAUAAAACUCGUGCAUUACCAACUUGGAUGUCUAAUAGUUCAAUAUCAACAUCAUCAUCACAUGAUAAAGAACAAAACAAAGAAACAUCGAUCACUACUUCAUCGACUAUAAAGCAAACAUAUUCUGAGGGAAAAAAGACUAAAGAGAUUGUUUAUGAUGACGAUGAUGCUGAACUUACUUCAGUUACUUCUUCCACAGAACAAGCUAGUACAUCUAAUGAUGUCGAUCUAACUACAAAUUGUCAAACAUCAUCAAUAGUUAACAAUCCUAUCAAACGUGAACGAUGUCCAUAUGGAGAAUCGUGUUAUAGAAAAAAUCUAGCUCAUCGACAACAAGCUAUUCAUCCUGGUGAUUCAGAUUGGAAUGCUGAAGAAAAUAAUAAAAAUAAAACAAAACCUGAAUGUCCAUAUGGUAAUGAAUGUUAUCGAAAAAAUUCUGAUCAUUUGAAUGAAUAUCAUCAUCCUAAAAAACGAUGUAUUGAAAUUAAAUCUAAACAACGCACAACUAAACGUAAAGCAAAUGAAGAUGAAGAUGAUGAUGAUGAUGGUUUACCAAAUGAAUAUGAUUAUAAUGAUAGUUUUAUCGAUGAUGAAGAGCUUGAUGAUAGUAACCGUAUUACUGAUCAAGAAGAGAUUAUUGAAUCUGACGAUGAUACUGAAUGGAAACCACCAAAAAAUUCUCGGUGUUUUGAUGAAUCUGAUGAUGAUUCGUCAGAUGAUAGUGAAAUUGAUUUAACUAAACAAGAAGCAGUUGAAUUUGUCAAAGGUUCAACUGCUGAAAAUCAUGGUCCAGUCAUUAAAAAACCCCGUUUUGAAGACGAAAGUGAUGAUUAA